AUGCAAACAAAAUGGAGGGUUUUACGCGAUGGAUUCACGAGAAGUGUAAAAAAUUACAACGAGAAACUUGAAUCUGGAGGCAAGGGGAAAUUAUAUCUUUAUUAUGAACAACUACACUUUUUACACGAUUUAUACGCAGCCAAAUCAAUUAAUCAGAGGAGCUCAGGAAGCAGCAUUCGUCAUAAAAAAAAGCGACAUAAACAGAACACCGAUGAUAUGUCUGAUUUAGAUGAUGAAAGAGUUGCUCCAAAAAGAGCAGUUAUAGCUGGAACCAAUUCUUCUGAAAAUAAUGAUGAAUCGGGAAUCGAAGCAGAUAAACAAUUUUUAUUGUCUUUACUAAGUGACUUUCGUAAGAUCCCUGAGGACCAAAAAUUGGAUGCCAAAGGUGAUAUCAUAAAUGUUAUAAGACAUUACCGAAGUCCAACAGUUCAGUUUGAUGCUAGGGGUAGUUAUUACACAAACGAUAUUGCAGCGUUAGCUACAACCGCUACUGACGAUUACUAUGAACAGGCGAUGAUAGACAACUGCUCACGCGGAAGUUCUCCGAUAGAAAUAAAAUUUACAACCUAA